AUGAAACGGUCGUAUGGAGACGAGAGUCAUGAUCAGCACCCGGCAAAAGUGCGACGACUAUCGCGGCCGGACAGGCUAUCCAGACUGAGUGAUGAGUUGCUUGUGCGCAUACUGUCCUUCGUCCCCGUCCCUUCCUUGGUAGUAUGCCAACGGAUAUCCAAAAAGUUUAGUCGUCUCUCAAUCGACUCCGAACUCUGGAAAGCCGCCUACUAUCGGACCUUUGUCCUCCCACGCGCCUCUCGUAUACCCGGCAUCAGAGACCCCGCCACACCCAACCGACUGCACUAUUCCUCACGGCUUUCCAAGUGGCUAGAUGACAGCUCUCUCAUCAGGGAUGGCGUCUGCACUCACUGGAAGCAGCAAUACCGACUGCGUCAUAACUGGGCCCAAGGGCAAUGCGCCGUCAGUGAAAUAUUGGUUGCUGAGCGGCCCCCCGAGCCGCCCUUGCUCGUCAUGAUGUCCAACAACGUCGUGUACGCAGCCGACUCUAUAUCGGGUCUUCGAGCUUGGAGAUCCAAAUUUGAUAGAGAACUCUUGGCUUCAGUCAGUCUUACCAGCGAUGCGGGCAUACCGAGACUCCCCAUCUCAAUGGCGAUAGACGCUUCAGAGAGGAAUAGUGGUACCGAAAGAGUGGUACUAGGCUUUGAAGACGGCUCUUUUUCUGUUUUUGCUCUGAGGACAGACGAAAAGAGACUGGACAACCUCUAUACUCAUCCCGCAUCGACAAACGGGAUGCUCUCCGCCAUUGCCUUUGCCUCGCCCUAUCUUCUCACAAUGACAGAAGAUCAUUUACUGUCAUUGUAUCUAUUUCCGGAGACGUCCGAUGUUUCUGGCCCUCUUGACGACCCACAACUGCUAUAUUCGUUACGCUCCAGUACGGCCUGGCCUCCUGUAUCUCUCUCCCUGCGGAUCACAGCGUCGAGCAUGACUGCAGCGAUUGCAUACUCGCUGCCAACCUAUCUCUCCGGCUGGACAGUGGGCGUGCAAGAGCUCCGUCUCUCGCACGAGGGUGUUCUGCUAGAAUCGCGCCUCGCCACCGCAGCAGACGAACAUUCCUUUACGCUCUCUGCAUACCGCUCCGCCUCGUCCUCUACACGCUCACCGUCACCGUUCCUAGGCAGUGCGCGUCAAAACACUUUAACAAGUGGCCCAAGUAAAUCGAAUCCAACGUUGAUGUCCUACUCGCACCCCUAUCUGCUCGUCGCCCACCCCGACAACACACUUUCACUAUAUCUGGUCCGAUCAACCUCGUCCGCGCUAUCAAUAAGCUCAGGGAACCGGCUCUGGGGCCACACAUCCUCCAUAUCAGGCGCACAUGUCGGAAUGCGCGGGAAAGCCGUGUCCGUCAGUCGUCUGGGCGAUGAACUGCGGGUGUGGGAUCUCGAGGGCGGCAUGGCGUCUUCCGCACUUCGCAAACGCUCUCGCAACGGCGAACUCAGUGUUCGCAUCCAGCCCUCCAGAGUCGUCGACGAGGAAGAUGACGCGCAAGAAGAGGAUUCCUCGGGACGGAGACACGGGCUGCGUGUCGCACUAGACCAGGGCUUUGACGACUCGACGGUGAGCCGGGGCUGGGUGGGCUUUGAUGAGCAGAACGUUAUUGUGCUGCGGGAGAAGAGCGAGGGAAGUCAGGCGUUGGUUGUCUACGACUUUUCUUGA